AUGGAUUCAUAUACGCUCAAGUCUGUGUCAGAUUUGCCUGUAACAUUUCGUUCAAUUUUUAGUUUCAGGUACUUUAAUUCACUGCAAAGUGAAUGUUUUCCUGUUUGUUAUCAUUCUGAUGUAAAUAUGGUUAUCUCUGCGCCUACUGGAAGUGGUAAAACAGUGCUCUUCGAGCUUUGUAUACUGAGGCUUCUCUCAAGGUUCAUAUCUGAGGGGAGGUUUGUGCACAUCAAGGGAACUCUCAAAACAAUCUACGUAGCACCAUCAAAGGCUUUAGUUCAGGAGAAGCUCCGGGAUUGGAAUAAAAAAUUUGGAUCAUUGGGAAUAAAUUGCCUGGAGUUGACAGGGGACAACGAAUUUUACAACAUAAGGACUGUACAAGAAGCUGACAUAAUCCUAACUACUCCUGAGAAGUUUGAUGCUGUGACUCGAUAUCGCAUAAAGGAUGGUGGCUUGAGCUUUUUCAGUGACAUAGCACUGCUACUUAUCGAUGAGGUUCACCUACUGAAUGAUCCACGUGGAGCAGCUUUGGAAGCCAUAGUUAGUAGAAUAAAAAUGCUAGCACAUAACCCUGAAAUGAAAUCAAGUCCUCUAUCUUGUGUCCGCUUACUUGCAGUUUCAGCCACAAUUCCUAACAUUGAGGACAUUGCUGAAUGGCUUAGUGUUCCUGUCCAAGGAAUUAAAAGGUUUGGAGAAGAAAUGAGACCUGUGAAGUUGACAACUAAAGUUUUUGGCUACACCCCAGCAAAGAAUGAUUUUCUAUUUGAAAAGCGCCUUCAAAACUACAUAUUUGAUCUUCUGAUACAAUAUUCAAGAGGAAAAUCUGCUCUUGUUUUUUGCUCAACCAGAAAAGGAGCACAAGAAGCAGCACAACGACUGUCUCAGAUAGCAAUGACCUUUGGCUAUUCCAAUCCAUUCAUUAAAGACAGAGAACAGCAGGAAAGGCUAAGGGAAGCUUCACUAUCAUGCAGUGACAAACAAAUGCAAUCCUAUAUCCUUUAUGGUGUUGGUUAUCACAAUGGCGGGCUUUGCUUGAAGGAUCGGAACCUUGUUGAGGGCCUCUUUCUCAAGGGUGAUAUUCAAAUUCUGUGCACAACAAACACACUUGCCCAUGGAAUCAACUUACCAGCACAUACAGUCAUCAUAAAAUCAACACAGCACUUCAACAAGGAAAAAGGUCUUUACAUGGAAUAUGACCGAUCUACAAUACUACAGAUGUGUGGAAGGGCUGGUCGGCCUCCAUUUGAUGAUACAGGAAUGGUUAUAAUUAUGACAAGAAGAGAAACAGUCCAUCUUUACGAGGAUCUAUUAAAUGGAUGUGAAAUGGUGGAAUCACAAUUGCUUUCUUGUGUGACAGAGCACCUGACUGCAGAGAUAGUUCAGUUAACUGUUUCUGAUAUUGCAAGGGCGAUUGAGUGGAUGAAGUGCUCAUAUUUAUACGUGAGAAUGAAAAAGAACCCUGAGAAAUAUGGAGUUAGAAAAGGGAUUUCAAGAGACCGAAUAGAAAAGCAUCUGCAAGAGAUUUCUGUUAAGAAAGUUAAUGAGUUAUCACAGCAGCAAAUGAUCUGGGCUGGUGAAGAUGGGUUCCUUCUGAAGCCACUUGAGCCUGGAAGGUUGAUGACCAAGUACUAUUUGAAAUUUGAUACAAUGAAACACAUUAUGCAGACCCCAGAUAACUGCAGUUUGGAAGAUGCGCUCAAUGUCAUAUGCCGUUCAGAGGAAAUUGCAUGGAUACAACUCAGACGUGCUGAGAAGAAACUUCUAAAUGACAUUAACAUUGACAAAGAUGGCCGACUUCGCUUUCACAUAAAUGGUGAUAAGGGAAAACGAAAAAAGCGUAUUCAAACAAGAGAAGAGAAGAUAUUUAUUUUGGCAAAUGAUUGCUUGACUGGGGAUCCUUCAGUUCAUGAUUUAUCCCUAACCCAGGACAUGAAUUCUAUAUGCUUAAACGGUUCUAGAAUUGCCAAGUGCAUGAAGGAGUAUUUUAUUUUCAAAAAGAAUUAUAGAGGAGCUGUAAACUCGAUCCUUCUUGCCAAAUCAUUAUAUCAGAAACUCUGGGAUGAUAGUCCAUACUUGUUGAAGCAAUUACCUGGCAUCGGAAUGGUGACCGCAAAGGCUCUUCAUUCAAUGGGAAUUAAGUCAUUCGAUGAACUAGCUGAAGCUGAUCCCAGGAGAAUCGAGAUAGUCACUGGCCGAAAAUUUCCUUUUGGGAAUCAUAUCAAGGAUUCUCUACAGUCAUUACCUCCAAAAGUCAAUCUUAGCAUUGAGGAAAAUGUUGGCCUGAGGCAAGGAAAGUCCAGGCUAGUAGUGACACUCACUAGGUUAUCACAAUCCAUCCAAUCAGCUAAACGACAUUUCGCUGAUAUGAUUGUUGGUACAGAAGAAGAUAACCUCAUUCACUUUCAUGAGAAAAUAAGAGUUGAUGAAUUCACCAGCCCCUACAGUCCAUCAAUUCUCCUGUCGAUCCCCCAAGAAAGCAAGCUAACGGUGAAGGCUGAUCUAGUUUUUGAAGAAUACAUUGGCCUUGAUUUCCAUCAAAAAAUCAUACUAACAAAGGACGGAAAUUCAGACAUGAAUUACAAACAUGGGCAUAAGCAGCCUGUCUUCUUUCCUUCACCUGAGGAAGUUUAUAUCAUGAGGGAUGAUAAUGAAACUACGUCUUAUGCAUCAUUUGAAAAGCCAGGCAAUUCGACAAAAUCUAAAGCAGAAAAAAGCUCAAUGCCUAGUUUUAUACUGAUAGAUGAAGAGGUGGAAGAAAGUAUUGCUUAUGAAGGUGAUAAUGCUGUUCAAAUUGAAAAGGAUGAUUGUAAAAUCCUAUCCGAACAGACAAUAUUUGACCACAUACGUCAAAAGGCCAAGAACUUCCCUGUCUUUACUCCUUCAAAAAUUUCCUGUUCUCCAUUAUCAGAGGCCUUGCUUUUCAGAAGAAAGCGCCACAGUGAGGACCUUGAACUUGACAAUAAACUGGAUGUCAUAGAAGAAACGGAGAAAAUCAGAAUCCCACAACAGAUUGUCUCAAAUCUAACUUCAGAAACCAGAGAGGUCGAACAAAAUGAAUCUCGUAUUGACAACUAUACUUCUGGAAGCUUGGCUAUUAAGAACUUCAUAGAUUAUAAAGGUGGACAUCCUUCUGAACCUGAGAAAAGCAUGUUGAGAAGUUUAACUGGAGAAACAAUAUUUGGUCACAUAAGAGAAAGAGCUGAUAAUUUUCCAGUAUUAUCAAGGACAAUUCAAUCCCAGUCCCCAAUCUGGACAAAGGAACAAACUGUUGUGAAUCGACCCGAGUUUUCCAUUGCAGCAUCUGAUGCAUUGAGAGAAAUGAAGUCUGAUGAUAAGCUCAUAAAAAAUGCUAAAAUAAUUUCAGAUUUGGAACCUGAAGGGAAAGUCAUGGAUAUCUGCAGUUCCAAGACAGAAGCAAAGGUGAAGGAGAACAAUUUGUCUCAAAGUCCAUGCCAAAAAUAUGAGAGUUCAAGUAUCACUCCAAAAGUGCCAAACAUUAAUAAUGACUCAUCACCAAUUAAGAUUUUAUCUUUUGACAUUUCUAUGAUAAAGGAUAACACUCGAUCAGUGAACUCGUCAAGCUCCAUGGAAUAUAGCAGGAAGCAACACUAUUCUCCAAAUGGAUCAAAAAGACAGCGCUGCUCCUUGGCAAUGGCAGGUAAAACAAGGGAAGUAGAUUCAUUUCUUGGAUUUGAAAGUGUGUUUUCAUUUCUCUGAUUUCUGGUUCUUGGUAAUAUAAGUGGUUGGAGAAGUGUCAGAGUCGCAAAAUUCGUUUCAUAUAUUCUACACUCCACUUUAUA